GGUAGUGGUAAGGUAGCAGGGGGAGGGAGAGGGAGAGAACUUAAAAAACUUUUGUGAGGAGAUCUAGGAGGGAGGGGGCGUGUUUGUGAAUGUGUGUGAGAGAGAAACAAGGAGAGGAGCGAUCUCACACACAUAAGGAGCACAUGUGGUGAAAGAAAAUGCCCACCAACUUCACAGUGGUGCCGGUGGAAGAUGGUCAAACUUCAAGUCCAGACUCUGACGAUAAACAUUCUGGAGGAGAAGAUGAGGAGAAGCCCGGGCUUUACUCAGCAGGUGAUGAAACCCCUGGAGAGUACAGUCCCUUCCUCACCAUUUCUGACCAUGAGAGGAGCUGUGAUGGGAAUAAUAUGGCACUGUUCGAGGAAGAAAUGGACAGCACUCCAAUGGUGUCGGCCCUCCUCAACAAACUGGCCAAUUACACCAACCUGACACAGGGGGUUGUUGAUCAUGAGAAAGCUGAGAGUGAGGAUGGCGUUAAGAGGGUCGCCAUCAAGGGUCCUCAGAUGGGCACGUUUAUUGGUGUGUACCUGCCCUGUAUGCAGAACAUCUUGGGCGUGAUUCUGUUCUUGCGUCUUACGUGGAUCGUGGGCACAGCUGGAAUCUUGGGUUCCUUCGCCAUCGUCUUCAUGUGCUGUGCCUGUACUCUGCUGACCGCAAUAUCAAUGAGUGCCAUUGCAACUAAUGGUGUGGUACCAGCUGGUGGUUCAUAUUAUAUGAUCUCAAGGUCUCUGGGUCCAGAGUUUGGAGGUGCUGUUGGCUUGUGUUUGUACUUGGGUACAACCUUUGCUGGAUCCAUGUAUAUACUGGGCACCAUGGAGAUCCUUUUGCUGUACAUAGUGCCAGAGGGAGCACUGUUUGCGGACAAAAUGGAUGAGCCAGCGUCUCGGCAGAAUAACAUGCGUGUUUAUGGAACCUGCUGCUUGGCUCUCAUGGCUCUGAUGGUGUUUGUCGGUGUGAAGUAUGUGAAUAAACUGGCGCUGGUCUUCCUCUCCUGUGUGAUUCUCUCCAUUAUGGCCGUUUAUGCGGGAGUUAUCAGAACUGUGAUAGACCCUCCAGAGUUUCAAGUGUGUUUGCUGGGCAACCGCACAUUAAAAAAUCUCAACUUUGAUAAAUGCCUGAAGACAGAAGUCAUCAACAAUUCAACUUACACCACUGAGCUGUGGACACUGUUCUGUGAUGGACCUUACCUCAACGCAACUUGUGAUCAAUACUUCACUCUCAACAAUGUGACUGAGAUUAAAGCCAUCCCAGGCCUGCUCAGUGGAGUCAUCUCAGAGAACUUGUGGGGAGAUUAUGGUCCAAGCGAGCGGCUGAUAGAGAAAAAUCAGUCAUCAGAAGCUACUCUGGAGAAUUUUGAAGACAUCAAGAAGAAGCCCUAUGUCUUCAGUGACAUCGUCACCUUCUUCACCCUGAUGGUGGGCAUCUACUUCCCCUCAGUUACAGGCAUUUUGGCUGGAUCAAAUCGGUCUGGAGAUUUGAGGGACGCUCAGAGGUCCAUCCCUAUUGGCACCAUAUUGGCUAUUGUUACCACUUCCAUCAUCUAUAUGUCCUGUGUGGUGCUGUUUGGAGCCUGUAUAGAGGGUGUGGUAUUGAGAGACAAGUUUGGAUACUCUGUGAAAACAACCCCAGUGAUAGGUACUCUGGCCUGGCCCUCUCCUUGGGUGCUUGUGAUUGGCUCUUUCUUCUCCUGCUGUGGGGCAGGGUUACAGAGCCUCACUAGUGCCCCGAGGCUUCUACAGGCUGUUGCACGGGAUGGAAUUGUGCCAUUCCUACAGGUGUUUGGUCAUAGUAAAUCCAAUGGCGAACCAACCUGGGCUUUACUACUAACUGCGGGAAUCUGUGAGAUUGGGAUUCUUAUAGGCUCACUGGAUGCUGUCGCUCCAGUCCUUUCAAUGUUUUUCUUGAUGUGCUACCUAUUUGUUAACCUGGCCUGUGCUGUCCAAACAGUACUGCGCACACCAAACUGGAGACCAAGGUUUAAAUUCUAUCACUGGAGUCUUUCAUUCCUCGGGAUGAGCCUUUGUUUCUCUCUGAUGUUUGUUUCAUCCUGGUUCUACGCCUUGGUUGGCAUGCUGAUUGCAGGAUGCAUAUAUAAAUACAUUGAAUACAGAGGGGCAGAGAAGGAGUGGGGUGAUGGAAUCAGAGGGUUGUCCCUAAAUGCUGCACGUUAUGCCCUUAUCAAACUGGAGGAAGCACCACCCCACAUUAAGAACUGGAGGCCCCAGAUGCUAGUGCUGCUGACCCUAGACUCUGACUUGGUGGUGAAGCACCCACGAUUGCUGUCUUUCACAUCCCAGCUGAAGGCGGGGAAAGGCCUGACCAUUGUGUGCUCUGUGCUGCAGGGAACCUUUAUGACACGGAGUGCUGACGCCAAGCGCUCUGAAGAGAAUGUCAAGAAAUCCAUGGCUGCAGAAAAGACAAAGGGCUUCUGUCAUGUUGUGGUGUGCUCUAAUCUACGGGAUGGCUUCUCAAAUUUGAUCCAGUCGGCUGGCCUGGGAGGCAUGAAGCACAACACUGUUCUGAUGGCCUGGCCCAGCAACUGGAGACAGGCGGAAGACUCCUCCUCCUGGAAGAACUUCAUUGAGACGGUGAGAGAGACGACCUCUGCUCAUCAAGCUCUGCUUGUGGCAAAGAACAUUGAUCGUUUUCCCAGCAACACAGAGCGUCUGGUUGAGGGCACCAUAGAUGUGUGGUGGAUCGUCCAUGACGGAGGCCUGCUUAUGCUGCUGCCUUUCCUGCUCCGCCAGCACAAGGUGUGGAAAAAGUGUAAGAUGCGCAUCUUCACUGUGGCUCACCUGGACGACAACAGCAUUCAGAUGAAGAAGGAUCUGCACAUGUUUAUGUAUCAGCUGCGCCUCGAUGCUGAAGUAGAGGUGGUAGAGAUGCAUGCCAGUGAUAUCUCAGCCUUCACCUAUGAGAAAACCCUGGUGAUGGAGCAACGUUCUCAAAUGCUCAAACAGAUGCAGCUGUCCAAAACAGAGAGAGAAAGAGAGAUUCAAAGCAUUACUGAUGAAUCCAGGAGCUCCAUUAAGAGAAAGAACCGCAUGAAGGAACCAACUCCCAACACCUUAGAAGUACCAGGGAUGGCAGCCCUAGAAAAUGAGGCUCAGAUGUUUCAUGAAAGGAACGUUAAGCCUCAUGAUGGCCACCAAGAAAAGCAUAGCCCCUCAUCUUACCACGUCCACAUGACCUGGACCAAAGAGAAGUUCAUUAGUGAGAGGAACCGUCACCGUGAGGCGAGCCCAGGUAUCCGGGACAUCUUCAACAUGAAACCAGAGUGGGAACAUCUGAACCAGUCCAACGUGAGAAGAAUGCACACUGCAGUCAAACUGAAUGAAGUUGUGGUCAACAAAUCCCAGGGGGCUCAUCUUGUCUUACUGAACAUGCCCGGACCACCUAAAAACAAGGGUGGUGAUGAGAAUUACAUGGAGUUUCUGGAAGUUUUAAUUGAGGGCUUGGAUCGGGUUCUGCUUGUACGAGGUGGAGGUAGAGAAGUCAUCACCAUCUACUCUUAGCCCCAUGGCAGAGAGUGCCACUCUCUCACUGCAGAGAGUGUAUGUACACAAGUGGACUGUCUAUGACUCAGGACAGGAACAUUGGAAACUAGGAAAAUUGCUUUCUGUUAGGGAUGAAUUAAAUAGUACACACUUUUAACCAAACUGGAUUCAUGUCUAUGCCAAAAUGCCAAAAUGUUUAGCUAAAUGUGUAACUGCUGAACAUAUAGCCAGUGAACAUGUAGCUCAUUGUUUUGGGUAAAUAUAUUCCAAUAGGCUACUUUUAAAUAUGUUUAGCUGUAUGUAUUGAUAGUGACAGUUAAUGUACGUUGUCUUACACAACGUGGAAGCAGCCAAGAAUGGAUGCUAAGAAAACUGCUGAUGAGUUACCUGAGAAAUUGCAUCUAAUUUUUUAAAAUGUUUCUAAUUUUUUUAAUGUGCUGCCAAUCCAGUGUGAUCUACUGCAAAAAACCAGAGUGAAUUUUCCAGGACCCUUCCCUAAUAUAGCUAUAUUUGCUUCUGACAAAUGAUUCAGAAACAGCCAAAUUAUUUAUUUUCUGUUUUAUUAGGCGUGACAUUGCACUCAAAUUCGAGGCCGAAGGGUUGCAGGCCUCACAAAAUCGACAGUCUUUCCAAAUAUGCCAAUAGCAAGUAUUCAGUAGCAUUUAUAUCUAAGCACAUUAUAUAUGUGUUAUGAAUGAUUAUAUGAAGUUUGUAAGUAGGGUCUGUAAACUAAAAUGUUAUCAAAUAUGUAUAAUAUGUAUUUACCAUGCUAGUCCUGAGACGGAUGCAGGCUUUUUUGACAAGUUGCUUAAUUUCAUUUUUAAUGUAGUGUAGAAUAAUAACUCUGUGUUCUGAAAGACAGUAUUUUAACAGUGUUGGGUUAUUUAAUAAGUAUUUUUAUUCUCCUUUUUUCCAUGUAUUAUACAUACCUUGUGCUGCUAUUUUAAUAGGAAAGCAUCAGUUUUUAACACAAGGAAAGGGCUCCCACACUCAUUUUUUCACAGUAGUAAUAGAAUAAUGCAUUAAUAUCAUUGUUUUUCACAGCUCAUAUAUGUUUAAUGUGAGCCUCAGCACAAUGGAGAUUGAACAGUGUGCAUAUAUUGAGAUCAUUCUUAGUGAUAAGUGUUUGCUGAGGAACAUGAGACAAAACCAGAAAUCAGGCCUAUGAUGAUGUCACCUCAGACUUAGUAACACUUGCCCAUUGAUCCCUUCAUAAUCAGUGUCAGAUUCAAACCACUGAAGAAGACACAACCUUCUCACUCAAUGUACUAUCCAAAAAUGUCUUAAGACAAACUGUUAAAAUGAACAGAUAUUGUAUCAGCUUUACAGUGAAGCUGCCUGUUCUAGUCUGACUGACUCUUCAGGUUUGCCAUUUACCUGCCUGAUCUCCAAAUUCUGCACAGAGACUGAAUCCUGUAGUCUUGAAUAUGUGUAUAUAGUCUUGAAUGCUCUUGGAAAAUUGCUAGGACUCAGGUGCCUGACCCUGUUUUAGUAAUUUUAUUUUAAUAGGACAUAAAUUAUUGCUUUUUGCUUUGGAUUUUCAGGAAUUUUGAAGAGAAACAAGGAUGUAAUUACCUACAAAACAAUCUUCUAAACAAAUACAUAUCAGUUAAGCCUUUGAUUGUACUGAUACUCACUGAUCUCUGUUCACUGGACUGAGCCAGUUUAAACCCGAGGGUUUAAAACAGGUGGAUUCUUGUGUGCCGAUGUGCUACUUAAAGAGCAGUAAUGAACAGAGAGCUCUUUGUUAUGCUCCAUAGAAAUGAAUGAAAAGGUUCUUAUGCUUAUCCUAUGGAUAGAAUAUCAUUUGAGGAAGCUUAUUUGUCAGUUUUAUUUCUUUUAGAUAGGUUUGUCAAGUAUUUAAAUGCACAAGUUAGAUAAGACGCUAAUUUAGAAAAUUAUGAAAAACGUCAUUUGGGUUGAAAAAGGUCAGGUUGGAUUUGUCAAUAUUUCUGUUUUUCUAAGGGAUUUUUUUUUGGGGGGGGGUUGGAUUUGUAAGUGUUUUAGAAUACAGUGUUCUGUCUUAGCAAAACUGACAUUUUUUUUUAGAUAAGAUCAAUAAAAACUACACAGACUUCAA